UAAAUGUGGAGCUUUAGCGAAGACAAAGGAGUCAUUCAGAGGUUCAACAAUUUCUGCCAGCAGAAUGAACCAAAUCUCUUUAAUCCCAACGUUUCCUUUCCAGGAAAUGUAUUUGAAGAUUGCCCAAAGGGAGAAUUUGGCCAUGAUGAUAGCUAUAACAUGGAAAAGGAUGAAGAGAGUAUUAAGUUCUCACAAAAACUUGAUUUCAUUGUUCAUUCUGAUAACCCUGAAGCAGAAUUCCAAGAUAAUUAUGCUGGUGAUUCAAACAUGGCUAUUCCUGAUGAUGAGAUGAUGGAAGCCGACAAUAAAUGCUCGGAGGAUUCAGAAUUAGCUGAUGCUGAAGAGGCCAAAAAGUCUACUCGUAGUACUAACAAUAACGAAAUCAACUAUGAAUCUGCUGAAAAUGAUCAAGAUUUUGAAGCUGAAGAUUUCGAAAUAGAUGAGAGUUCAUCUGAAGAUAGCUCUGAUUCUGAAUAUUCAACAAGGAAAAAUCAGCGUAAAGGUGAAUUCUCAUCACACUUCAACAGAAAAGAUAUUUUGAUAAAGAAAUGCAUUAGUGGGUCUAAAGGGUGUAUUAAGCACUACUUCUCCAACCUCCUCUCCACUGAGGAUGCUCAACAAGCGGUUGAUUAUCAUCAAGGGAUAGACAAAAUUCAUUGGAUAGCAAACCAUUUAUUAACUGAGUUCAAGGAUGAUCUUGAUCUUUGGUUUGAGUAUGAUCUAACAGAAGAGAGAGCGAUAAAGGUCACCGCAAUUGUUGUCUACCUGCUAAAAUGAAAAUAUUUUGAAGAAUUUAUCAAGGACAAUCUUCCAGAAGAAGAUUGGGACAUAUUUCUUGACAAUAUUGAAGAAUUUAGACACUUUGGUAAAACAUCUGACAGUAGGGAAAAAGCUUUAAAAUCAGAGUUUAUACAUAUUGCAAAGCUGUUGAUGGUCAGAGAUGAAAUCCAUGUUAAAGCAUUCUGGGAAAAGCUGCUGGAGAGAAAGAACGCAAGUAUUCCUGACCAUAAGGCUUUCAAAGGAGCGAUGGAGAAUAUUUUAGGAAUAUCCCUUGAUCCUUAUCCAUAUGACUAAAAUUUACUAAAUGCUUCUACGGUA